AUGUGGAAAUACAUCCUAGGGCCCUUACUCCCGGCAGUCAUAGGAUGGCCAUGGCAGCUGGGGCACAUCGAGGAGCACAACUUUGAGGAGAACCUCACUGAUGUGGAUCCCGGCGGUGAUGCUGUGCCGCCGAGCAACAACACCUACCGGAAGGGCGAUUUCUGGUGGUUUGAGGGGACGAUCUGGGGCUUUUGGUGGAGUGCCGAUGGCUUUGGAGAGGAUGCCCCAUGGUUCGGGACACCGGAAUUGCCCGGACGCCUGAGGGUUGACGGUGGUUGGGCUGGCUACUUCGUGGACGGCAUUGGGGUGCAAGCUUUCGGUAGCUGGUGGCCUUGGGUGGCCUGCUUCGUCAUGGUGACCUUCCUGACCGGGAUUUUCGGGAUCUUGACGUACAGUUUGCACACCUUGACGGGGCCAUGUAGGGCUUUGGGAAGAGGAGUGCAUGCUCUUUGCGGCCUAUGCUGUUGCAGGAGGCGCGAUGGUCUUGAUGCCCACCUACCUAGUGCAAGGCCUUUGAUGAGUGAGAUUGAAUGGCAUGGACCAAAGACCGGUUGGCCGACAGAAACCAGGUAUUUACAGCAGCGCUUGAAGGGGCGCGGUAGCCGGCGGCGCCUGAAUGACGUGGUGGUUCGUCGAGGAGGGCAUGUGGCUCGACUGCUUCAGGAAGAGAGCAUGCUGAAACGGAUUGACAGCGAUGGGCUACGUGUGAAGUUCAAUGGAGUCUCCGGCUGCACCUCUCGGCAGUUCCGACGAGAACUUGAAGAAGCAGGUGAAGUUCAUCUUUGUCGACAACUUGAAUGCCGAGCUGAUCACACCAUGCAUAUCCAGGAGUUCGCUGGCGUUGAUCACGAGGCCUUAUUGGAUCUACAUCGCUAUGCCCAUGGCUCACCACGUUGGCUCCUUGGUCUACUAGGACGAGGGCUAUGGCGCGCUUUUGGGUUGGGGAACCGUGUCAUUCGUGACGAAGACGGACAUGAACGGAUGCUUGACCCCGACUCGGAGUCUGAGGUGGAGGGCGACGAAUCUUCGUGCCAAGGAGUGCGCAUUGGUUUGGUGAUCGAGGGUGAAAUGAGGCCCUUAGCACCUGAUGGUUGCAAUGACAUGGCAACGCAGGAGGAGACCACGCUUCUGGACGAGGACAUCGAGGUCUCUGAUGUGCGCCCGCCUGGACCAGGACAACUAGCACGCGUACCACUCUGUGCUCAUCAUCGCCAAGUAUAUCAGGGAGCAGCAGCCAAGCGAAAGUGUGGGGUACUGACCUGCCACAAAGCAUCCAAGGGAGCACGGCAUGGAGUCCCGCUCUGCUACGACCACCUGUGUGAACAAGGAGGGUCAGGACUGAGGAAGGACAGCCCCCAUCCUAAUGGUAUGCUCCAAGGGCUUAGGCGGAGGUUCACGAGGAGAUCAACAAGUCGAAGCCGGAGCCCAGCGCUUGAGCAGCAGCCGGAUGGAGGUGGCAUUGAGAGGCACCCCGACUCUGGAGGAGUUCGGAACAAGAAGGAGAGCGGCAUGGCACCUAUGAGGUCGAGCUCUGUCGACCUUGGCAAAGUGAUGAUCCCAUCGCCACCCAGAGGCAUGCUCGACCAAGAUGAUGUCAUGGGGAAGCCCGUGUGGAUGAAGAUAAAGCUCAACUACACGGAGGGGCAGCGAGAGUGCGAAUGGAUCAUGUGCCUAGGCGAGCUCGUGGGCUACACACCUGGAGGAGUUCGAGGUGACCGGAAGCUCGAGAUCCACACCAAGUACAUCGAGACCACCAUCGUUGUCGAUCCCAAGUACCUGGAGGACAUGACCGAGGCCAAGAGUGUGGAGGAGCUUGACCCUCUUAAGGCCCAGCUCCUGAUCAAUGACAUCCCGCAAGACGCUGCAUGCAUUGGAUUAGACAUCAAGGGCUACAUCGUCCCGGAACACCUGGUGCAGCGUUUGAAAUCGUGGGAGGGGCGAACCAUUGGCAGCGGUAGACGUCUGAACCAACUGCAGGUUGACUAUGUCAAGAAGAACAUCGCCACCCUGGUGCGCAAACACAGUGCGGGCUUUGUUAAAGGAGAGGUCUGGCCUAGUUGGCCGGCUGAAGCCGAGCUCGGGCUUGAUGUGCAAGUUCGUGGACGCGCUGAAGCCCAACCUGUCGGAGCCCCGGAGGAGCCGAGAAAGAGAUCACGUAGCCGGAGCCAUAGCUUGGCCAGGGUCAUGAGAGAAGAGGACGAAGUGAAGCAGAAGAUGGAGGGUAUUGUCGAGGCCUAUGCGACAGCCCUUGUAUCAGGCCAAAACCAUCAGGAGGCACUCGACACGAUCCAGAUGAUCUUCGAAGUGGACUUCAGCGCCAUCCAGAGCACCCUGAGGAACUACAUCCGCAGGAACUGUGGGAAGCAGAAUGAGCAGGUCGAGGUGGCGAUCAAGAUCCUCAAGGGCGCAGGAGCACCGAGCUACAACGUGACCAAGGAUGAGGCCAAGCCGCCCAGCGCACAACCAGAGCAACCCGCACCAGGAGAGAAGAGAUUGCAAACGACCUCAGACAAGCUGUUCCCAUCACACUUCGGAUCCGCAAAGGAUGAAAGCAGCCUCAUUCGCCCAGCAGGCAGCAUUGGCACCCAGAACCCUUUGACAGUGAGCGAUAUGGGGUGGUGGGACAACUCUUCGGGCUUGGGAGCAAGAGCCGGAGGUGACGAAGAAGAUGGGCAGAUGGGAGCUCGCGUCGUGCACGCUUUGGAGGGCCUCCGGAAGGCCACGGAAGGGGACAAGAAGGGCAACUCGGGGACAAGAAGCUCCAUUGGCUCAGAGGAAGGCCUGCACGUCUACGUAGCCCGGGGAUGCAAUACCCUAACCGUGGAGGUCUGCCCCGAUGUCACCGGGAAGGAGCUGUUCGAUGCGUUGAAGAGAGCCUGCUCACAUGCCAAGGCCAAGCUGCAACAGAUCGAGUGGCCCUGCUUGGUGACGAAUGGCAUCGCCUAUGGACUCGCAGCCAUGCAGCAUGGUGGGAAGGAUCACACCACGUUGGCGCCGUGGCAGUUGAGCGUGGCGCAUGCGGUGACGGCCAAGCCAAGAGACUUCGACCAGUAUGAAGCGCCCAAGGACGACAAGAUCGAGCCGAAGCCAAGGUGGGAGGAGAUCAACAUGGAGGAGAAGGUGAACACCAUGGUGGUGAUGCCGGCGGCGAUGAUGAUCGUGUGGGACGAGGCGGAGCAGGAUGAGAAGGUGAAGGACAGUGGCAGCCAGAAGCAAGGGUGGCUUCCCCCGGAAGAAUAUGAAGGAGUUCAAUACACCCAGCUGGAAGAUGAGCUUCGGGAGUUGACCCGGGGGCCGGACGUGAACUGGCUCAGAGACCCGAUGCUCGAUGGUGGGCACAAGCGGCACAUCACCUGGGAGAAGAGGGUGGAACAUCCUGAAGUUCAGCGCCGCCUUAAAGUCCUUGAAGGUAUGGAGAGAGCUGGCGUGUUCACCAGGUUGAGCAGUUGGUCCAGCUAUCUUCAAUCCCAUGUGAGGGGCAGGAUGCUCAACGCCGUCAUUGAGAAGCAGGAGAUGACGAUCGAUGACGUGCUCCUUGAGGCUACGGAGAAAGGGUGCCCUGAGCUGGCGCAGGAGGCGGAGAAGGUUCUCAGCGAGGAGCGAUCGGUCGGAUGGGCCGAUGACGAGAAGCAAGCUUGGAUCAGUGCACCAACCUGGCAGAAAGACAAGGGCUAUGGCGAGGGAAAAUUCGAGUUCCAGUGCGGGGCAGAAAGUAUUUGCUGGCGCUACCUGGACUAUAAGGGCGAUUGGGACCCCGAGCGCAGGCCUAGCAUCGAGGAGGUGAAGCAGAAGGCGCAGGUGUUCAGAGCAGAGCUUUGGGACGAAGCAGCACGAGCCAUUGCGGAGUUGGGGGAUCCAGCUCCUUGGAUCGGUGCUCGCGAAGCAGAGGCCUUCGUGAUCGAGGAGCUGCGUGAUGUGACGCUGCAGUGCUGGAGAUUGAACUGCCGUGGGCAGUUCCAGGUGGACCACCUUGUGGGAAGCAACCCCGGCAGUGAAGGACAGAUCAUUCCAUUUCUGAUCCAUGGCGGUCACAUCAGGCUCCUGGUGCCCAAUGAGAAGGAGGAGCCGGUCAAGGUGGCGGCACAGCUGACGCUUAGCGGCCAGACAGAUCGAGAAUGGCAGUGUGAAGGUUGGAGAGAGUUCUUGGCCAACGAGGACACAGCAGCUCCAUUGGUGCCAGGGAAGAGACCGAGGUGCCCAAGAUGCAUGGAUGGCAAUUCGAAACAAGGCAAAGCGCAACCACAGGUCCCAUGGAGCUUCAACGAGCACCCCAUCGACACGCAAGAGCUGAUCCUGAUGGGGGCCCAGAUGCCUUUGAAGCAUAGGCCAUCAUUCGCAUACGGAGUCCGGGUGCAGGAGAUGUUUGCCGGAUCCGGAGCUUGGACACAAGCAAUGGGCGAAGCGGGCAUAGCCUUCAAUGAGCCAGUCGAGCUGUAUGGCGACCCCCUCCAGAAGCAGGACAAGCGAGACCACUUUGACCUGAAGAAUGAGGCCGUGGCAAAUCGCUACCUCCAAGCUGCGAUGGAGCUCCCGGGCCCGCACGCAGCGAACAUCUGGGAAUUUGGAACGCCCUGCACAAGCUAUUGUGACUUCAACCUCUUGAACGGGGGGACACGCAGCUUCACCUCGCCUGAAGGAGGACCAGUUCCAACACAGAGCGAAGAGGAGGGCAACUACUUCUGUGAGCUGACCAGCCGACUCUGCCAAUCGCUCUACGAUCAUGACAAGGAAUUUGUGCUCGAGUCGUCGAUGCCCUCUGGAAGGUAUCCCAAAAUUUGGGAUCAGCCGGCGAUUCAACGCCUGCAACAAUCCACUGGAGCGCUCAUCGUGCCCACCCAUUUGUGCGAAUGGGGCGCAUCACCGAGCGACAGGCCCGAGAUGAGAUACAAGAAGGGUCAGUGGAAUCUAGAGUACCUCGGACAAGGCGAGCACAGGUGUAUCCAGCACGUCUCUGCGCUCGUGGUGCAAGCGGCAUAUGCUGGCUGGGACACUAUGCAGGUGGCACAAGCCUUGGAGGUCAUUCAAGAGGACGAUGGCCGAGAAGGGGCACUUCCAUACAAGGCGAAGGCGGGGAAGCUCGCCACCCCCUACACUUCCGCUACUUCCUCCUCUUCAUCCACUCCAUCGCCAGGUGAACGAUGUGGCAGCGCUGAAGGUUCAGAGUUCCAAGGGGGCUUUUUCAUCCUUCGUGAGCACUACUGUGGCAGCAUUGGGGAGAGCGAGUUUGCGCAGGGCAUUCCGAUCCCACCCGAAGAGCUCCUGGAAGGCGAGGGGGAGGAAGAGGAGUCGAUGAGCGACGAUGACCGGCGCAUGAACCCGCGUGACGAGGCGGCGGUGAUGGCCAGGCUCAUCCCUCGUGAAGUGGCUCCAGAUGAAGCACCGGAUCCUGUCCGUCCUUAUGAGGGUAGGAUCAAUGUAUUUGGCCCUCCAAGACCACUUGAGGGUUUGAAUGGCCGCUCCGAGGAUUGGUGGGACUACCAGGAGGACACCCUCUUCCUUGUGCGCCACCACGUGAUGCCUCGGAGGAACAUGUUCGGCUCGCAUUACGGAGACUGGAUAGACUGUCCAGUCUCGGACCACCUGAUCCGGAGUGAUCGCAGGACCUGGAUGUUCCCUCAGAGGCGUGACCUGGCUGAGAUUGUCCCACAUGAAAGAGUUUUCCUGGACAACUGGCGGGUGGACUUGGCACGGCUCCGUGACAUCCCUGACUCGAUUGAGGCGGAAUAUGCUGAUUGGACAGGAGCCACCACAUUCUACCUCUAUGACCCGGAGAUUAGGCCGGAGCUCGGGAGGCACUUUGGACACGGGCAAGAAGAAGGGGAGGGUGAGGACGCUCAGCAUGACGCAAAUGACGGCCUACAGCCAGGACUCCCUGAAGGGCGUGACUAUGUUCCGGUUUUCCGUGCACCACAGGAGUUCGACCCACCUUCUCAGGCCCAAGUGGAGGCAGCAAGACGGUACUACCCCGGAGGCGGGGUGUGGGACCCUUGGAAUGGAGGCCGCAUUGAAGGCGAGGAGCACGACAACAGCGAGGCGGCAGACCGACCUAGGAGUUCAAGUGAUCGACCCAGGCGUUCCAGAUCAAGGUCAAGGGGGCGCGCUGCAACUCAGGACGGUGAUGGAUCUGACCGGAGAGUGGGCUACCUGGCGGCAUCCUACGCACUCGAGCAGGAGGAGGAACAGGCAUGUGGCUGGCUGGACCAUCGCCCGGAGUUUGAAGAAUCUCACCAAGUUGGCUAUGGGGAUACCCAUGCCAAGAAUGAGGGUGUGAGCCAGGAGGUCUUCGACAAAGCCUUGAAGUACAUGGAGCAUUGCAGGGAGCACCCCAAGUACGACGCCGAGGUGAUCAAGACCGCUGUCAAGCUGGGUGAUGACCUGCUGAAGACAGCCAAGACGCUCGAGAGCGCGAUGAGGGGCCUUCGUGAAGCGAGACGCAAGGUGAUUGGGGUUCCUACCAAUGGUGCAACUUCGAAAGAGGUCCUGGACUGCCUGGAGGCCGACCACGCCGACUACCUCAAGGCCAUGAAUGGAGAAGGGUUACGCACACGCAGGUACUACCCACCGAGGAGGGUGAAGGCAGAACCAUACCCAUCAGCUGUGGACCACCCUGAGGAGAUGUACCAGAAGGCUUGGAAAGACGGUCACUGGGGCAUUGUGCUCUUCGCGUCGGACUUGACUGAGGAGUACACCAAGACCCUCAUCGAGUGCCCGCAGGGGCGCGACACCUCAGACUUCGGCAGCGCCCUACCAGGUGAUCCGGUGGGUGUAGAAGGAAGGGUGAAGAUGAUCUAUGGAGGCCUUCCCUUUGGCUGGUGUGGCGCACCGGGUGAGUACAUGGCGUUCGCUUUGGCAGGAAGGGCAUACCACGAGAACUUCAAGCCCUCCGAGGAGACCAUCAAUGGCCCGAGCCCAUUCUCAUCGGAAUGGCUGAUGGACGACAGUGUUGUUGUGGAACCCUUGGUGGGCGUCCGCCCAUGGCAAGCUGUGGACUCACUUGGGCACGCCAUCGAGAAGAUCUGGGGUCAGGACGCCUUGAACCUCGAGAAGCAGAUCGAGGAGGGCACACCCGCGACGGAACAGAUUGUCUGGGGCCUGUUCAUGAAUGUCGACAGCAUGACCAUUAGGCUGCCUGAGCCGAAGGCCUUGAAGAUGCGCUACCUACUUGCACUUCCUGAGCUCCAAUAUGGAGAACGCAUGGUGUGCUUGAAGGUGGCUCAAGAACUUCGGGGGCUGGGCCAGUAUGCAGCCAUCACUAUACCACCACUGCGCACUGAACUCAGUACGAUCGACCUCUUCCUCUGCCCCAGUCGCUGCGAGGGUGGCUACAUCCGGCCGAAUGUCAACGACGAGGAGAGUUCAGAGCGAGCCUGGCGUUGCUGGGACGAGAUGCUGGCCUUGUUGAGACUUUGGUUUGAAACCCCGUACGAGGGCACGUUUGAGGCUUCAAUGGAGAGCAUGCUGACGACGCGCGAGCUCCUGGCGCUGCCCGGGAUGAGUGAACGGCUGCGCUGGGUUGGAGGAGAUGCAACGCCUGAAGUUGCGGGAGCACUCGACUGGAAGACCAAGCGCUACAUGCGGGAAGACGCAAGGGAGAUGCUGCAUGCCUUGGGCAAGGUCCCGGAGCUUGUCGACGACCCGGAGAUGAAGAUUGCCCUGGCGGAGCUCCUGUGCUUUGUUGGCCUUGCCGCAGCUGAGAGUCGCGAAUGGCAGGGCGAACUGAUCGCCUAUGCGACUGACAAUCAGAAUGUACGCUCUUGGCUGACGAAGCGUCAGUCGAAAUGUGCAGUGGCUCGCCAUAUGCUUCGGAUUUUGGGCAUGCUGGAGGUUCGCUUCCACUUUAAGACAGUGGCUUUCUACAUCCGGACGUACCACAACAUCACGGCGGACUGGCUGAGCCGGGAGACCAAGAAGGUCGUGGAAACCCAGAUGGAGCGCGAUGGGUGGUCGAAGGUGGAGGUCGGUGAAAACUGGGCUCACUACAUCGACGAGUCCGUGGCGGGGAUCUUCCGAUGGCCUGGAGGGGAGAGCUUGGGCAGUAUGUCUCAGGCGCCAAACGGUGAGAACAAGCCCUACCGCCCUGUAGUCGCCUCGGGGUAUGCCGUGGAGCUCGGACGGGGCAUGCUGCCCUGGGUUGUUGCCUGGCAUCGUCUAGGGGGUCAAGUUUGCAGGAUUGACGCCAAAUGCACACCCUUGGAUGAGAAGCUCGAGAGGUCCCUCUUCCAUGACAUUGACCUGGUGACGGAGGAGAUCGAGUUGUCGUGGGCUUUUGCCUCGGUUGCGGAGGACAGUUGGGGAGGAAGCCGCACCUAUGUUAAGAACUUCGUGAAGAAGCACCGACCACGAUGUGUGUUGAUCGAUGUGGCUAAAGACGGCCCGGUCGAUGAUCUUCAGAUGGACCUGGAAAAGCUGGGCUACAAGACGAGUACCUUCGACUGCCUGACGACGCACUACGGGGACCCGGUCGCGAAGAGGAAGGUCAUUGUCCUUGGGGCACUUCACGAUGGACGAUCAGUGAAGCCAGAAUGGCUUGACCGAAACACAGAGCUGACCCUGAACAGCAAGAUCUCGACAUCAGGAGACCGCAUGCUUCCAUGGCCUGCAGGCCAUUUCCGGGAGAACCACAUAGAUGACCAGAAGGAGCUCCUCUACGACAUCCGAGGCCCAGCACUGACUUGCCGGAAGGGGAGAUCGAUGGUGGUCCUCGAUCACCGUGGUACAGAAGUCCAAGCACGGAGGCUCGGGCCAGAGGAGGAGUGGUUGCUCAAUGGCGGGCGGCUUGAUGACGUUCGUGCACUACAUGAACUGGGGUCGAGCCAGGAAUACUUCAAGAAGAAUGCGGCGAUGAAGUUCCCACAACAGAGCGCCCCCAGAAUCGUUGCUUGGUUCGAACGCUGGCGACAGGAUCAGGAGACCGCUGACGCUUCGUCUGAGGCGAAGGUGGGGGUGUGCACCGACCCGGACAGGCUGAAAGCUGAUGAACAUGUUCGGGCCUGGAUGCGAGCUUGGCAGGGAGAUCAUCAGAACCCCCAGGCAAACUAUGAAAAGUGGUUGAUGUCUCAUAGGCAUGGGAUUGAGGAGGUGGACAAGGUCGGCGGCCGCAGACAAACUCCAUCGAAGAGGGCGAAAUCCGCACCACCUGACCGACUGGUGCUGCCUAGUGCAAUUGGACGAGGUCGCGAGCGGCUACAGUUGGACGCCAACAAGGAGCUUCGUCGGGAUCAAGCCUGGUUGGACGCACUGGCAGCGGAGGCGGUCAUGUCCAAGCUCUCGGAAGGAACCCGCGGAGGCUACGAAGUUGGCUGGAAGCAAUGGUGUUUGUGGCGACGCAUGGGCAACAAGAGCGUCUACCUGACAGGGGAGACCAAGGACGAGCGGAAGGCCGAUGAAGACGAGCUGCUGAGGUUCAUGACCUACCUGGCGCACGUCAUGCAUGGGGCGGACCGAAGGGACGGGCACGAUGACCCCACUAUGAACAGAGUUCGCAUCUGGGCAGCACUGAAUGGUUACAAGCGAUGGCAACCAGAGACGAAACGCAAGUACCCGGUGCUGCCGGGGAUGUUGACCUGGAUCAGGCGGCACCUGAGCACCAGUGAGACGCUGAGCAAAUGUGACCAGGUGAUCCUAUGGGCUGCCAUCAUGGUGGGCUUCUUCUUCCUCCUGAGGGCUUCGGAGUUCCUGGUGACGAUCGGCAGGAGCUGGGGCAGCACACGGACUUUGAAAGGCAGCGACAUCAAGGCUCGCAAGGACAACAAGCAGGUGGCGAACUUCUACCAGGCCGAGGAGAUCGUGAUCUACCUCAAAGGGUCGAAGACGGACCAAUACAACCAGGGCACUGUGCGCAAUCAGUUCCGGAGUGGCGAUGAACUUUGCGUGGCGGCGGCGCUCGCGGACUACCAGAACAUGAGGCCUGAACGUUUUGCGGGGGCAGAAGAAAACCAGCCCCUGUUCAGGUUUGAAGAUGGCAAACCGCUGCAACGUGGUGAUAUCCAGAACCUGAUCCAGUUGGCGGCGGUGGCAGAUGGGCAAUCCACGACCAGGUACGGCUCUCACAGUCUUCGCAUUGGUGGGGCUACGGCUAUGUACCAAACCACCAAGGACCUGGACGUGGUCAAGAGGUUUGGAAGGUGGAAUUCCGACGCCUUCCAUGGCUACCUAUGGGAGUCGCAUGAGCGACAAAAGGAUCUCGCAAAGGGGAUGGCACGCGCUGAUGGUCAGCUGCUGGCACCCAGGAAGAACAAGGGCUAUGAAGCUGAACGCCAUCCCCUCGAGAAGUCGAAGGCAGUGAACAACCAGUCGCGACAGCAUGGCACCGCGAGAGUGGGAGCUCUGAUCGACGAGGGUGAGCAUGAAGCCUUAGGUGACUUCAGUGACGAAGAGCAUGGAGCACGUGGCUACAUCAUCCCGAGCGUCGAGGAGAUCCCCGCUGAGGAGAGCUAUGGCGACUAUGGAGAUGGAAUGGAAGUACGGCCAAAAGGGCUGCGAAGCAGAGGAAGCAAGAGCUCAGACUUCAGCUCGACGGCAAAAAGUACUUCUGCUCCGUUCAGUGUUUGCGAGAAGAUCUGA